GUAGGAUAAUUAUAAGUUUAUAGGCUAUCAUUGAAAUUGUGUGCCGGCAAAAUCAACGUGCCUGCACGUUGACUUUGGCGCCAACUGAAUUAAAUGGACGAGAUUACGCCAAACGAAACUGCAGAACCGCCGGCUCAAUCGCCGACGCCGCGUAAACGCCUCGGUCGGCCACCGAAGGCCCACCCACAACCGACUGACACAAUUGUGGGAGCCGAGGCAACAGCUGAGGAUAUGGAGACGACGGCGACUUCGGUGGAACGUGUGCGUACAGUAUCGCCGACAUUGAACGAGUGCCGACGCAGCUCCCGCAAAAAAGUCAUUAAAUUCGAUGUGCGCGAUCUGCUCAAUAAAAACCGAAAGACACACAAAAUACAAAUUGAAGCGCGCAUUAAUUCUAAAGCACUGCCAAUUGCAAAUGAUGAAACAAGCACGCCAAGCACACGUUCACUUGCCGCUCUCGAUGGCGGUUAUGCAGCAGAAGCUACAGCCACAGCAGCUGGUCAAUUGCCAUCGGAACCGCCGCCGUCGCCGCGGUCGCUUGUUGAUAUCUUUGCCAAGCCAAAACUGACACCGAACCAGAUUAUUGGCCAAGUGAACAGCGAGGAGCCGGGCUUGGCUGGUCAGCAAAACCAAACUGAACCAACACAAGCUGGGGCAAUGCCGGUCCAACGCAAACGUGGACGCCCGCGCAAGGCACAGCCGGCGCCGGUGCCAAGAGAUGUUAGCGCGAGCCCUGCUGAAAUUAAACGCAGCAUCAGCUACUCGGAUUCGGAUACCAAUUCAGCCAACUCCACUGCCAACGGGGAUAGCGACGCCUGCUGUGAACAUAAACUAAAACCCAAAUUCAAAUCCAAGUUGCGCGUAUCGCUUAAACGCAUGAACCUGCCCAUAAGUCGGGAUUCAUCUGACUCUGGUGAGUCGUUAAAGGGCCCCUCACUGCCAGUUAACCCAUUGGAGUUGUCCACAUCUUCAUCAGAGUUACCUGCAUUGCAGGCAAUUGAUGAACUAAACGAGCCAAAGCCGUCGGUCAAUACCAAAGCGCCGGCGGAAACAAAAGUAAACAUUAAGACUGAUACAAUAACUGUGCUGCCAGCAGAUGAAGCAGAUUCUGCUUACCAAAUAAUAUUUGAGGAAGUAGAAACGGCCAAGCCGGAAAAGGACACUGAAACGAAGGCGGAUGUGGAUGUGGAGCUGCCUGCUGAGGAGAACAGCAACAAUUUCAAGCUGCUUUUCCCCAAAAUAGUAGAAGAACAGCGGCCGCAGCAGAAGACAGACACUGAGUCGGAGUCAAGGCCGAGUCUCUGCUCUGCCAAGGAUGUGGAUAAGCAACAGUUGGAGCGCGAAUCGCCAAAUCGAAUAAGUAGCUUGGGAGAGCAGAUCGCAGAAGAGCAAAGCAUGCAGGCCAACUGUGCUGUCUCACCAGGACCUACAUGCAAGCGGCGCAGCAAGCGUUCCAGUUUGCGUGGCAGCGCACUCAGUACAAACGGCAGCAAGAUGACGCUGGAGGAAACAUUUGCCGAAAUCACAGCGGCUAGCUCCAAACAAAUCUUGCUGAAUGAAGCAGCCGAAGAGCCGCAGAAGCUAGAUGCACCCAUUGAUCUCGUCGAAGAAUGUAGCAAUAUUUGCAAUAGCAAUAGCAAUAACAAUAGCGACCUGUUGGAAUUGCCGCCGCAAUUGAAGGACAACUUGAAAACUAAUUAUAAAUUUGAAACACAAAAACAAGUGUCUAACACUUCUGUCCAAUCGGAUAUAAACGAUGUCCAAUUGGAAUGUGCUGCCUCCGAGCAGCUGGAGGCGUUGACAGUGACUGCAACGGAGGCAGCUAAAGGUCCAACUGAGCUGCCUGCGCAGGCGAUUGAUGAUAAGAUGAUUGCAACUUCCAAUUGUGCCAGCAGCAGCAACUUCCGUUGA